AUGACCGACCUGAAUGUCGAUGGAAUACUUUCAAAUUCACCGCGGCCUAUCGUUCAAGAUUUGAAUUCAGAUACAGAAAUGAGUGAUCAGGGGAAGAAGAGGAAGAGGUUAUCACUGCCUGAACCACCAACUUCGGCUAGUCCGUCGGGAUCGAUUAACAAGGGGAAACAACGAGUCCUCACCACUGGACCUAUUCGAGCUAGUCCAGAACAGGACAGUAGUGCAAGUGCAGAGAACAACAAGAAAGCAAAGGGCAAGCUAUCGACUUCUGUUUUGGCUGGUUUUACGAGAAAGGAAAGUAAGUUCGAAAUGAUGCCAAAUCAAGCUGAUUGGUUAAGACGACGAUGUGAACCUUCCCCUCUGGUACCUCCGGAUCAUCCGGACGCUGCCAGGCUUCCUUGUGCAAGAUGUAGGCGGUUUGCUAUCGAUUGUGUCAGAGUGAAAGCGGUGAGGAGAAAAGGACCAGCACCAGUUGCUGUGUCCGACGCUGUGCAUGGUUAUAGCCAUGGCUCUGGAUUGAUCGACUCGGAUACUGCUAGAAGGUCAUCAGCCUUCUCAGAUUUGGAGAGUACUGAUUUUGAACGAAAAUUAUCAUCAUCAACCGACCCAAUCUUCUUCGCCUUGGCUUUGACCGUCAUCGCCUCAACAUUGGUACAGGUCCCACGCAAUCUUGUCAACCUCGACAAGAAGGAGAUCGAAGAUCUAGCUAGGAAAUGCAUCAAGGUGGCGCGUGCCAAAAUGGCACAUAUGUGGGAUGAACCGAUCCCUAUAACGUGCUCGAUGAAUAGCGAAGGUAUUGUGCAUCUCUUCCUUGGAAACAAUACCGCGCAUGUGGUGGUGACAGCCCAAGCAAAUCAGAUGGCAUUGGCUCUGCGCCUGAACGAGGAGAGUAUGCGGCGAAGAGUGUAUUGGCGAGCUCGAACCAUCUGCCUUCCUCUCGAAGAUGCCCAUGACUUGCUCCUCCCCGCCGAAAUCGACGACGAAAUGAUCACUUGCGAUGGCAUCUUACCGCAACUACCCGAAACAACGCCCUUGAUCACUGGCUUCAACGUCAACACAAACCUGUUCAGGAUUCUCAACGACGCCAUUCUCAUACAAAGGAGGAAAUCUCCUCGGUUGAUGGAAGAAAUUCUUGCGGAUCUUCAGAAACUCGAAGUGCUGAGACACAGGACAAUACAGACCUAUCUCACGGUACCGGAUCCUCUGAAGCUUCGCAAAGCUUAUGAUUCUCGCUCUGCCAGCCCUGCAGUCGACUGGGAGUCGAAAUUGCUAGCUCGAUUCGUUGACUAUUUCAGCGAUACACCUGGUGAUAGAGCUCAUGCUCUGAACAGCUAUCUGGUGAUGCAGGGAAACAUCCUUGUAACACAGCAUGUAGUGCGCUUGGUCCUCCUUCAAACUCGUCAAGCGCUGCUCGCACAGCUGGCGUUAUUUACCCCGAUAUUACCAAGUCCGAUGGGACCCGAAGAGAGCGCGGAGAACAUUGCUUGCGAGCUUUUAGAUGGGUUGAACAGGUACGUUGGAUGGUAUCGCACCGAAGCUGAUUGGUGA